AUGGAGUAUAUCUCCGGUCUCAUAUGGAAAGAGGAAACAAAAGUUGUGAUAGGAAUUGACAUAGGAACAACUCAAAGUGCAGUUUCGUGUGGCCUACUUGAGCACGGUAUGGAUGUCAAGAAAGCUUUACAUAGUGUUUCAGAAUGGCCUGGACAGGCAACAAAGGGGUCCAAAAUUCCUACAGCUAUUUAUUACGAUAGUAGCUCAAAGCCGAUGGCUUUUGGGGCCGAAACUACGUUGUACGAAAACGAAGACAGAGCACUAGACGAAAAAUGGGAACUUGCCAAAGAAUUCAAGCUUAUCCUACACCCGGAUGAACUGAAAGUAGGAUCUAUUUCUAACAUCAAUGGCCUCCCCUAUGGUGUCUCUUUAGAGCAAGUUUACACCGACUUUUUAAAAUACUUAUUCAAACACACCGAGAAGUUCUUCAAGGACCGAAUUAUACAGGGAACACUACUAUGGUCUCGCUAUCGCAGCAAUAUGGAAUUUAUCAUCGCCCACCCAAAUGCAUGGGGCAGUAGAGAACAAGCAUUUCUUCGAAAGGUUGCCACACAGGCCGGACUGGUUAACUCUAACAAUGCUUCAAAGAACGUUCGUUUUGUAACUGAAGCCGAAGCUUCUGUUCAUUACUGUCUCUACUAUUCAAAUCUUCUGAAUCACCUGAAGAUUGGAACUAAUUUUGCGGUCUGUGACGCGGGUGGAUCCACGGUGGACACUACACUGUACUCUGUCACUGCGACAUCACCAAUGUUCAAGGUCGAGGAAAAGCGUGCUCCAGGGUGCGUGCAGGCAGGAGCCAUAUUUGUUGACCAAGCGGUCCGAGACCAUAUGGAGGCGACCUUCAGACGAGCCGAGGGAUUUAACAAAGAAAAGGAUAUGCAUAUGUACUGUAACAACGGGGUUAGGGACUUUGAAGCCCAUGUCAAACGAUUAUUCCGCAACGACGUUGAUGGGAAUAUUAAUUUCAGUGGGGGUUCGCCGUGGCCGUAUGACUUUACCAAAAGCGUUGGUGAAGUCUUUCUUUGA